AUGGCUGCCGACUGGAUGCUGACGAUCGGAGAGACGUCAAUUUCCGAUUUUGGGGAAUGCUACGAGAAGCUCCACGGCUCCUACAUUUUCGGACAGAAACGUAUGGGCCGUCCACUUUGUUAUCGUUGCGUCACGCCGAUCAUUCGAACACGCAAUGUUAUUCAGCUGGCCCAUCAGGAUGGUACGGAGACUACUGCCAUCAAAGCAUCGAAGAAGCCAGGAAAACAUGUUUUGAUUCGCAUUCGAUACGACCAUUGGAGGGAACUUUCAUUUUUCGGUCUUUACCGUACCCCGAAAGAGCUCCAAACCGACGAUUGCUACGCGUUGGAGGUGGAUUGCAGUGGAAAGAGGGACAAUCUACGGUUGAAGGCAUAUCAUUGCGCUAGUGGAACGGUUUUUGACGCCCGUUCGUAUCAAUGCCUGGGCAGUUGGUACCGACAUUCCGAGGGACACCAAAUGCCGUCCAACCAACGCCAGAAGAAGAUGGGGAAGAACGAGGAAGAGCCGGAGCGGGAGGAGCAGGAGAUGAAGAAGAGCCUCAACAACAGCCCGUACCAAAUCAACAGGACCCAUCCCUGUCCGGAUUCUUCUCAUCGUCUGCCCCCUCUCUCCCUGUCU